GUAUUAUUUUCUCUUUUAGUCUUAACCUAGCUUUUCCUUCAACUAUAAUAUCUGCAAUUUCAAAAAUAUAAAAUCACCUGUUCAAAUUUUUUCCCUGGAUUCUUCUUUUGUUUGUUUGUCUUAAAAAGGCAUUGACCUUCUUUCCCCAUAUUAGCUUGCCUUUUGAGCACUCUUUUCCCCAUUUUCAUGCUUCUUUUGCUCUCCUCUUAAAACCCAACCACUCCCUUUGCGCACCUCCUUUCAUCCAGGCAACCUACUAGCAUGCUUGAAUGUCCAGAGACAGAGAGAGAUUUGAUGAGAUAGGAAAGAAGAUCAAGACAGAUGCAUCUUCUGAAAUGGGGAGGAGACAUCUGUUGGGUCCUCCAGGAACCUUGAAUACUAUAACGCCUUGUGCUGCAUGUAAGCUCUUGAGAAGAAGGUGUGCUGAAGAGUGCCCUUUCUCUCCUUAUUUUUCCCCUCAUGAACCCCAGAAAUUUGCUUCUGUUCACAAAGUUUUUGGUGCAAGCAAUGUCUCCAAGAUGUUAAUGGAGGUGCCAGAGAGCCAAAGAGCCGAUGCGGCGAAUAGUCUGGUUUAUGAGGCAAACUUGAGGUUGAGAGAUCCUGUGUAUGGGUGCAUGGGUGCAAUUGUAACUUUGCAGCAACAAAUGCAGACUUUGCAGGCAGAACUCAACGUGGUAAGAGCUGAAAUACUCAAAUACAAAUUUAGAGAAGCUUCUACUAGUAACAUCAUCCCUUCUAGUCACACUCAAGCAGCUUUAAUUUCUCCUAGGGCGGUAUCAAUUGCUGUUUCAUCAUCACCUCUUCUGCCUCCCACCCCUCCACCUCCUCCACCUUCCAUUGUUGUCUCCUCAUCUUCCUCAUCUUCCACAUCUUCCCUAUAUACACCGCCAACUAGUGCAGCAGGCUAUACCUCCAUUUCAAGUGAUAAUGUUCCAUACUUUGAUUAAUUUUAUAAGCCAUAAUCCGAAAUUUUUGUUUCUUAUUUUCCCUCAGUUCAGUAAUAAAAAUGAUUAUUGGUCAUAGAGUAGAAAGCUAAUGAGAUAUUGUUUUGGGAUUUGUUUUUAAGUUUGGUUUUCCUUUUCACACAUUGAUCGACAUAUACAAUGUGGGAAAAGAAAUGAAAACAUGGGAAUCUUACGGUUCUUGAUCCCAUCCAAAUUAUAUUUGCUAUCAGAUUUCAAGUUUUCAUUUCUUUUCAAAUACUUUGACCAAAGUAAUCCUUUGUUCUAUCUCCCUACCCCUAUUUGAAUUUCUCCCUCUUUCAUGGUUUAAUUCACUUACGAGGCAUUUGGCUGAGACAAAAUACAUUACAAAUUAGCCUCGUCGACGUCCAAGCUCCCAUGUGCUACAAAUGAAAUUCAAAUGUUCUGAAAACGUCAAUAUCCAUUGUUCAAAUGCAAUACCAACAAAAGUCGUCACAAUCUACCUAGGAGAGAAGAAUAUACGAAUUUGGUUGGCAGAGGAUUUUGAAGAAAUUCAACCACGCACAGGAGGCCUUCAGCUAAUUACUGUGAUUUUAAGAGGUGCAUUUUCCGCUAGGGACGGUGGAUUUGAUUCCACAAGAUCUAUUAUUGAUCACCACACUUGCAGGUAUGCUUUGAGUUUGACUAAGCCUUAGUUCUAUCUCUUCAUCAUGUUUUAUUGUACCAUCGAAGGACCUGAAAAACUUGUUUAAUGAACGUGCAAGGGGAGACAAAAACAUAUGCUGAUGGUGAUUCUCCCCAUGUGAAGUUGAAAAUUGCAAUAAAUUCGGAAUAUUGUCAUUAAACUCAUUGUCUAUAUUUUCUCCUUGUAAAUUAUCUUACCUUGUCUGCAGUGCAACAAUAUGGAGAUUUGAGUUUAUUGAAGAACAAUUAAUAUAGUGCUACAUUUGCAUGCAUCGUUUCGAUGAAUCUCAUAA